AAAACUUCCGCCAGGGGCAGAUAACUCUCACCGUGUUUCACAACUCACGUCUGACUGAUGUGUUAAUGUCUUGUCAACGAACACACGUUUAUCAGUCAGAAACAAGGGAACUUCAGGGAUGGUGCGGGUUAAAAGAAGGUACCUCGUGUGUGAGGUAAUGGCGGAGGAUAACAAUCAGCUACAGAACACCAAGGAGUAUGAUGUGUACCGCGCCGUCUCUAGCGCCAUCAGCAGAGCCCAUGGCGACUACGGCAUGGGGUUCUUGAGAACCUCCCUAAAUGUGAAAUAUCUCAACAUUGGAACAGGAAUGGCAUUUAUUCGAAUCAGACGAGGAGCUCAGCAUCUCUUGCAGACAGCACUUGCAUUUGUCAAGAAAAUUGGCAACAUCAGUGUUAGUGUGAGAACGCUGCACGUUGCAG